AUAAGAGUCGUUUGACAAGCCCCCUAAUUACAACAAUCAUAAAAUAUCGGAGUUAGUGUUUAAUCACUACUUUUUGAACUACUAGGUUAAGUUAGAUAAUUUUACUUAUUCAUAACUGUAUUAAUAUUAAUUACUUUAUAUAUGACAAAUUAUUAAUUAUUGCUUUACUGUGGCUGGCCUGCACAUAGCCCCGAUACCAUCGGAAAUCGUCCUGAAAAACCCAGGCAGGCCCGCCAAAGGACUACUGUUGCUUAAAGAAUAUUGAUUAGUAUAAGACUAGUUAUAUGUAAAAAUUGUUAAAUUAAAAUAUGUCAAACCUAAUACCGAAAGAUCUUGUACCGUAUCUCGAUUAUCUACCAGAUAUAACUCUUCAAGUAUUAGUUAAUCUGUUUAUGACAUUUACUCCAUUAUUUUCAUAUGGAACAACAUGUUAUGGAAUAUAUAAGAAACGAACAUCAACAGGAUUUUCAAUAGAUAUUUGUGCUACUAUGUUAAUGGCAUCAAUUCUAAGAAUAUAUUAUUAUUUUAUUUCACCUUAUGAAAUAACCCUUUUCCGUCAAUCAUGUAUAAUGAUUAUAAUUCAAUGUAUUUUAUUAAAGAUAAGUUUAAAAUAUCGUCCAUAUAAUUAUGAUCCUGAUUUCUUAACUCCUUUACCAGUAUUUAAACAUGAAUUAAAUACUAUUUUACCUAGAAGAUUAUCGGCUAGUACUUUACCAGUUGAACAUGAAAGUUAUUAUGUUGAUAAUUCCUUACUGAAAUCAAUUUUAUUAAUUGCUGAUGAUACAUGGAAAUAUUUUAAAAUAUAUUUUUAUAUACUUUUCAGACAAUUAUUAAAAUUUUUUGAUGUAUAUUAUCUUCGACCAUAUCAAUUUUGGCAAUGGAAAGAUGAAAAUAGAUAUUGGAAAUUUAUUUUACUGUUUGCUGGAGUAUUUGGCAUUUUAACACUUAUAUUUCAUAAUAGUUUAAAAUGGGGUCAAACAUUAGGUAUAUUAGGAUUAUUUAUUGAAAGUUUAUUACCAUUACCACAAAUUUUAUUAUUAAAUCGUCUUCAAUCAAUAAAGAAUUUUAAAAUUAUUUUAUUAUUAAGUUGGUUAGGAGGUGAUUUAACAAAAUUAAGUUAUUUAAUUUAUGGAACUUCAAAUAUUUCAAUUAUUUUUAUUGUAGCAGCAUUAUUUCAAAUGGGUCUUGAUAUAAUUAUUGCUUAUCAAUAUAUUCAUUAUAAAUAUAAAGAAACUGAUAAUGAUGAAGAUAUUGAAACUCAAUUACAAGGUAAAUUAGAAUAUGAAUUACCUGUAUUAUCUCCAAGUUCAACAAGAGAUAUUAAUAAUAUUGUUAAUGAAUUAGUAAAUGAUUCUAAUCAUGAAAAUAUUGAAUUGAAAGAUUUAGCAUAAAGAGAUUUAUUGAUUGGUUUUAGAGUUAUAGAUAGAGAUAUCAAUAAUCUAUGUAAUGCUUUAGUAAAUAAUACAAUAUCAUAACUAAUAUACAUAGAUCUCAUAUACAUAGUUAAAUAUAUUAUAGAACUACUUAACUUUGAAAUUAUCUUGUACAUCGUAGUAGAGAUUUUGAUUAUAC